AUGAAUGAGUCACAUGACUGCGAACUUAGCAAGUUGCAGGCGACGGAACUGGUCAAAAAUCAGUCGUUCAACUCUGCACUUAUGUCAGCCGCGAUGAAUUAUGCAAGAAGUUUGUUGAUGCGCAGUCCAACGAUUCUUCCGCCCUUCAGUUAUGAUGAAAAUCCUCAAAAAUCAGAAUCUCAGACAUUUCGGCUUACGUCUGCCAAGCUUAAUCCCGCAAAGUUAGAAGUCUCUAAACUCAAGCACAGGUUUACACCCUACGCAAAGCCAACAACUACUACGCCUCUUCGUACUAUCGACGAAGUUCCGGUCAGAUCUCAUGAAAAUCAAACAUUCAACGAGUUGAGCAAGGAAUCAUCUUCGCUUUCUUUGUUAUCUUUUCCGGUGACGAGCUUCAAAGAUAUCCCAGAACCCGGAUUUUUGACUCAGGACGUUUCACAAUAUGAAGAAUUUUCUUUCGCUUUACCUAAAGUCCUAAUUGCCGUCGACGAGACGAGCAGCGAUGUGACCAUCCCACAGGUGAUCUCUAUGGCCGUCAGCGAUUCUGGCGUUUUCAGCUUAGUUGUUGACUGUUAUUUCGAAAUCGUUAUUGUCGUUUUCGCGUUGUCGCAGCUUGGCCUGCUCAGCCUCGCGUAA